AUGGCAGAUCAGGACUCGAAAAAGGUCCCCUCUAUCCCUGAGUGGCAGAAAUUCUACCAACCUGCACAAGAAGGGAGCACUGCUCCUGACGGUCAACCUUCCUCCGGCCAAAAACCUCUCCAGUCCAACUCGACAACAACAGAACCGUCUCCGCUCGAGCAAGCGCGAAGAUUCCUUGAAGACGAUUCAAUACGUGACGCCUCAAGAGAGCAAAAGGCUGCUUUCCUCCAACACAAAGGCGUCCAUGCCGAUGACAUCAACACGCUGCUCGGCCCAGAACAACCCUCCUCCUCGUCUCCUUCCUCCGAACUCCCCUCCGAAUUGAAGACUGUCCAUGACAACAGCGAAGGAUUGAAUGGAGGAGACUCUGAUGGUCCAGCCCAUCACAUUGCUACAUCAGCUACAACCGAAACAAGCCGACCGGCCGAGACUGCGCCCAAGCGAGAUAUACCCCCGAUCAUCACGUAUCCCGAAUUCCUCCUUAAGCCGCAGAAGCCUCCUCCGCUCGUGACAUUCGAGCGCCUGGCGAACGCGGCAUACGUGUUUGCCGGCAUAUCUGCGCUGACGUAUGGCGCCAGCAAGUACAUUGUGGCACCGAUGCUCGAGACGUUGACGGAGGCGCGUCAUGAACUGGCCGAGACCGCCCGAGCGGACCUAGAAACGCUGAACAAGAAACUCGAAUCCACUGUCUCUCAUGUCCCAUACUUCGCGAGCAGCACGGUAUCGCAAAAGAACAAAUACCAGGACUACGACGAAGAUGUCGAGUCUGUAGACUCCGACCCUACGGAGCUUUUCCACCGAGAUAUAGCCACCCAGACCUCUCCAGCACGGUCGCGAUCGGCAUCGCGUUCCUCGCUGCAGGAAGCUCCCGCUCAAGAUCCGACGGUGACACAGUCUGCGCGCUUGACAUCGCUUCAUGGCACUUUGUCGUCUCUGCUGACCUCCACGACAACGCACUUCUCUCACGAUCGACUCAAGGACCAGAUGUCCCAGCUUCAGGGUAUGCUCGUCAAAAUGGAGACCAGUUAUAAUCCGUUCCAGAUCGACUAUGGCAGCAGUUUUCCGGGCCACAGUGUGGCUGACGACAAGAACAAGCUCAAGAAGCCUGCUUCAGACUCGGAAGCGUCCAAGUUCAAGGCCGAGAUCAGGUCGUUCAAAGGCGCGCUUCUCAGCUCACGGAACUUUCCCACGGCCCGACCGGCUGGCCCAUACAAUUUGUCGACGAGAUGA